AAAAUGGAUUUGAAAGAAGAAGACGAAAGCGGUAAUGAGGGCAGUAGACAAUUAUUUUUGGUUGGUGCACCGCGUGACCCUUUGGUAUCUACCGGUGCGAUCGUCGCCUCCGGAGGAGCUAACGACGAGAUCAAUUCUGGAGGAGAUCUACAGUCAACUGCUCUGGCCGGUCUGAUGAGCACACAAUCUUCCUCGGUUUGCUUUCCUACAAAAUUCACAUACGAUUUUUCGCCAAGUCCUGGGAACGAAGACAGACAAUCGUCCGGAGGAACUGGCAAAAGAAAGCAGCGAAGAUACCGUACCACUUUUACAAAUUUUCAAUUAGAAGAAUUGGAAAGGGCGUUUCAGAAAACGCAUUAUCCUGAUGUUUUCUUCAGAGAGGAACUUGCCCUGAGGAUAAAAUUAACCGAGGCUAGAGUUCAGGUAUGGUUUCAAAAUAGACGAGCCAAAUGGCGAAAACAGGAGAAGCAGUGUAAAGUUGCAACUCACCUAACAUCUUAUCUUCCCACAUCGGAUUGUCAAGAAGUGCAACAGCAACAGCAAUCUGAUCAUUUAUUACUUGAACCACCAUUAGGUAGCCCACCACCUAUUUACCUUGGAAUGGAAUGGGCUGGUUUUUCACCAUAUAGCAACACAGCCACGGCUUCUCCUCUUGUAGUAAAUGGUAUGAAUAAGCCACCGGAACAAGAAACAGAUGACAAUCCAUUACUAGAUCCUGAGCUUUUACAAUUAAAAACAUCGCGUUCUUAAUGAUACAAAAUCCCCUCAAAAAAUAAAAUCUUGUAGUUUCCUAAUUUCGAAACAUCAAUCUACAUAACGUUCUUUGAUUAAAAGAAUUAAAAUUAUCUUAUAUGAAUAAGUGCGGCAAUACAAUUAGUCAAGAAAAAAUGUAUUGUAUUUUGUGCAAUAUAUUGAUAAGAUGAAAUUAAGUGGACCAAAAAAGGUACCUUGAAUGUAUCUCAAAAGUAACUAGAGACUGACGAGAUAUCCAGAUAAUAGAUAAAGAAGCAAUGUAUUUUGAGUAUUGUUAUAUAGAUUUUGUAAGAAAAGGCUUAUACUUAAAACUUUUUCUCGCUUAAUAAGCCUGGAUAUGAUCAAAAUGCAAUAAAGGAUGUAUGUUAAUAGCCAUUAUAAAUUUGGAAAGAACAAUAAGAUUAAGUUAACGACAAUUAAUAAAGUUACCGAUAUGACGCUA